AUGCUGCCAUUCGCAUUUCUUGCCAUCAUAUAUCGCUCACAGAGCUAUGUGACCGAGUCUAAAAGCACAAAAUGGCUAGCGAAGCCUGCAGAGCUUCAAGUCGAGCAUAUGCAGCUCCAAGCGGAACAAGUGCAGCCUGAAGAAGAAUCCUCCCCGAACGAAGGUUUGGCAGAUACCGCACCUCAUAAAAUUCCUCUCGCCGCAUUGACCGGAAAUCCUCUGGACGUGGGAGAAAUUGACGAAGCCGAUCUUGCAGCAGCAACCCAGGAGGCACCCGACUCAUCCCCAGUCGACCAGAUCAGCCCAUUGGACCUAGAGUUGCUCGCACAAAGUGCAGCAUACGCCCCAUACGCCCAACAUGAGACCGCAGAAGACGUCACAAUUGUUGCCGCACGACAAGGCGCCGAUUCCACGGAUUGGAUAGAAGAAUUCUGCGAAGACUAUCCUUGUAACGCCUACAUCUACAGCCUAGACGACGAACCUAACCCCGAAUUCUUCGAGCCCUACUCUCGCAAAGGCCACGAAGCAAGCGCCUACCUCUCCUACAUAAUCGACUACUACGAUGAACUAGCACCCUACACAAUCUUCCUCCACGGCCGCUCAGAACAAUGGCACAACGACAUCGCGGGACCCGACACAAAGAACGUCCUGGCCAAUCUUCGCUAUGAAGCCGUCAGUCUGAAAGGCUACGCCAACCUUCGCUGCACAAAUAGCCCCGGUUGCCCCUCCACACUAUAUCAGAUGAAUCCCGUGACUUUGGAUUUCGACUAUGAGUACUUGAUUGCCCAGAUGCCUGAGAUUCUGUGGCAGCUUCUCGGACUCGAUCCGAGCGAGGUCCCGGAGGAUAUUGGCCACCAGUGUUGUGCGCAGUUUGUGCUUACUAGGGAGAGGAUCUGGGAGAGGCCUAAGAGUGACUAUAUUCAUAUCUUGCAGUGGAUUGCGUAUACGGAUAUGACGGAUAAUUAUGGGAUUGGGUGGUUGAUUGAGAAGCUUUGGCACUUUAUUUUUGGGAUGCCGGCUGUUUAUUGUGUUUCGGAGGAGCAGUGUCGUUGCGAUUUAUAUGGCUGGUGCGGUCCUAAUCCUUUGACUCAUAACAAGGUGUUGACGCCUAUUUCUUAUCCGAAGCCUAAAAACUUUGAUGAUUAUUGA